UCCAUAUCUUCACAACUUAACUCGAUCCAAGCUCAUCAUCAUUUGUUUUCUUAAACUUUGUUCAUCUCUUAGAUCACAAAAGGUACAGCUAAACCUAAAGUUGGAAGAUGGCUUCUUCAUUGGCAUCUAAUAUUCUCUUCAUAGGAUUCCUAAUUAGUACCUCGACUUGCUUCGUUGCUUUGGCCACGGAUAAUAAUCCUCUUCAGGAUUUCUGCGUUGCUGAUGCCAAUAGCCCAGUGUUGGUUAAUGGACUUGUUUGUAAGGACCCCAAGGUGGUAACCGAAAACGAUUUCUUUACUAGCGGAUUGAACAUAGCUGGUGACACAUCAAAAAAUCUGGUGGGAUCAAACGUAACAACAGUUAAUGUUGCCAGGAUUCCUGGACUCAACACUCUCGGCAUUUCUCUUGUUCGUAUCGACUUUGCACCAUGGGGAAUCAAUGCUCCACACACCCAUCCUCGUGCUACUGAAAUUCUGACCGUCAUAAAAGGUACACUUCGGGUGGGAUUUGUCACCUCAAAUACAGAAAAUCGUCACAUCACCAAAGUCCUCAAUGAAGGAGAUGUGUUUGUGUUCCCAGAAGGUCUUAUACAUUAUCAGCAAAACAUUGGACAUGAUAAUGCGGUAGUGAUUGCUGCUCUUAGCAGCCAAAAUCCCGGGGUUAUCACCAUUGCAAACGCUGUAUUCGGAGCCAAUCCUGAUAUAUCGGCUGAUAUUCUUGCCAAGGCUUUCCAGCUGAACGAAAACACCGUCAAACAACUGCAGGCACGAUUUUAAGCAGAUGAACAUUCUGGAUUCAUGAAAUAGUGUGUUAUGGCUGCUGAGACGUUGAAUUAGUGUUCGGCGUCAUUUGAUUUGAAAUUGUUGCUUCGUCUUAUAAUCUUUGUAUGGCAAUAUAUGCUCUUCUCGAUUUCGAGCUUCAAAUAAAAACCUCAGGUGAUUGGGGUUGUUUUGUUUUAUUUAGAAAUCUGUAAGCUUUUAAACAUUUAUUUCAGUAUUUAAAUUAGUCA